AACGCAGACCAGGCUUAGAAAUCACUUGAUUUAACUCAGCAGAACUUUUUUCCCCCCUUGUGUAUAUAUACAUUACUCUAGCACUCCUCUCUAAAUACACAGGGAGUUCGAUUUCAUAUCAGCAGAAGGAAUCAAAAAAUGCUCAAACUGUAAUCUGUUAGAAAUAGUUCCUGUGUAGGAUUUUAUACUAUAAGGGGGGGAAGUUUCAGUAUGCUUUGAAAUGAAAGAAGAGUUUUUAUUCCAAUGCACUGGCAUCUUUAUAUGUAGGGGCAGUUAUAUUGGUGAAUAUUUAGUUUAAGAAUCAUGGCUGGGAAACACCUGGAGAUUUAUUAGAGAAGUGAAUGCUUUACCCACAAGGACAGGACCUGGAUGCACCUCUGUGGGUCUGGGUGUCUUGUGAAGAGCAUUUCUGGUGACUGGCCCAGGAAAGGAAAUGCCCUAGUGAUACUGCAGCCGUAGUGAAACUGCCAGUACCAUGUCUGCUAUGCAAAGUGACAGCAGCAGCCACCUGUUCCACGGUUUGCACACCUGCAGGCUGAAGCUUCCGGGGGACGAGCAGCAGCAAGGAAAAUCUGUCAUUGCUCAACCUGUAUUUGUUUUUGAAAAGAGAGAACAAACUUUUAAGAGACCUGCAGAAGAAGCCCUGUGCGAAGCAGCGGAACAUGAAUGUUAUGGUUUUUCAGGAAAGCGCAUUCGGUCUUCAUCUUUUUCUUUGCACACUACAGAUUCUCAGUCUCAAGGAGUGAAGAAAAACAACAUUUUUAUGACACCGACUCUUGUGCAAAGGAAUCUUGACAUGAACAGUGCAGAGCAAGGUCCUGUGAAAUAUUCUGAACAUGUUCUACGACCUGCUAUUUUGCAGCCACCUCAAGCUCAAAGGUGUGAAAAAGUAAGACACAAUGCAUUGGAACACUGCAAGACUACAGGAAAAACGAAACAUAAGAUUUCUGAGAGGAACUCCUGUUUGCCAAGCAAAAAUUUGCUAAGUGCCAGAAAAUCAGGCCAGCUGUCUACUAGCCAGAUGUUUUGGGGUGCUCCAUCAGUAGGAUAUCAACCAAAUGAAGAUAAGUAUUCUUUUAAAAGCUGCAGUUCUGAUUUCGUUUUUGGAGAAAACAUGGUAGAAAGAGUUUUGGGUACUCAAAAACUCACCCAGCCUCAACUUGAAAAUGAUCCCUAUGCCAAGGAAAAAUCAUUCAAAUCCACCAUAAAAUUUCCUACCAACUCUCCAAACUCAAGAACAGACUCUAUUAAAAAUGUAACCCUAAUUGAAUCAGCUGCUGCUCUCUCUUCUAAAUCAUCACCAACAUGUUUGCUGAAGAAAAUUGAUGUAAUAACAGGGGAGGAAGCAGAAUAUAAUGUAUUAAAGAUCAACUGCAAGCUUUUUGUACUCAACAAGACAACGGAGUCCUGGGCCGAGAGGGGCCGAGGGGCGCUGAGACUGAACGACACAGCCCGCGGUGCCUGCGGGGCCUUCCAGUCCAGACUAAUUAUGCGCAAUCAAGGCAGCCUCAGGCUGAUUCUCAACAGCAAACUCUGGGCUGGAAUGGAGAUUCAAAGAGCGAACCACCAAAAUUUACGAAUAACAGCUACUGAUUUAGAAGACUAUAGCAUCAAAGUGUUUUUAAUUCAGGCCAGUGCCAAAGAUACAGGACGUCUGUAUGCAGCAAUACAUCAUCGUCUUGUUGCUCUUCGAAGCUUCAAUAAACAAGAUGCAAACCAAGCUGAAAACCAGUCGGAAACAGCCUUCCAAGAGUUAAACUGCGAUAGCUGUGAUGAGGAUGAGGAUGAUUUCAUUCAAGUUGCUAAAAAUAGAUCAGAUCCUUCUAGGUGGACCCACCGACAGUCAGUUGCCUGUUCGUGAGUGCUACCUACUACAGACAUGACAACAUCUACACAAAGAUUGGUCACACACUGAAAAUACUAGGCCAUCCUAAC